AAGUCUAUUCCAUCCCUCUCUAUCUUGAUCUCUCUCUUCAGCCUUCAUCAUCAGGCAGGGACGCAGGGGCGCUGCAGUGCACCCUCGCUCGCCUCUCCCGGAGAGCCUCUCGCCUCUCCAGCCCUGAGCUCCCCUGCAUUCCUCGCCACACCGACGCAGGCGCCAAAAAUAAACGCCACCGCCACUACGUGGCGAGGGGGCGCUCGGCGUGUCGCCCCACCUCUAGCUUGCUAGCUUCCUCCGCGACAACGAUGGAGGUUGCCGAGGCGGUGGCCGCGCCGGCGCCCGACGAGGGCGCGCUGGACGAGCGCGGCGCGGCGCUGCACCUCCCCAGGCUGCUGGCCGGCGUCGUCUCCGGGGCCCUCACUGGCAUCUUCGCUCUCGCUGGGGCUUUGACCGGAGCCGUCACCGGCGCCGUCGCGGGGAGAGCUUCGGACAGCGGCGUCCUGCGGGGAGCUGGACUCGGGGCGUUCGCCGGAGCUGUCCUCUCCAUCGAGGUUCUCGAGGCUUCGCGAGCUUACUGGUGCUCCGACCGGCUGGGCUCGCACGGCGCAUCCUCCAUGGCUGAUUUCAUCGAGCAGCUCAUUCAGGCCCGGUUUGUGCAAGAGCAACUUACAUCUUCAGGAUAUACAUCAUCCCGCUGGCAGGUCAGCAUGUCAGAUUUUGGUCAUGAUGACCUGUAUGACAUCUUUGGAGACAUUUCAUCUAAAGGGCUCUCACUAGAGUCGUUGAAGAAACUACCACAUUAUGUGGUCACUGACCAAAUGCGGGACUCCUUUGGGGAAAUCCUGUCUUGCCCUAUCUGUCUACAGGACUUUGUAGCCGGCGAGACAGCGAGGAGGUUGCCCAAUUGCUCUCACACUUUCCACCAGCCUUGCGUGGACAAGUGGCUUGUCGAUCAUGGCUCAUGCCCCGUGUGCAGGCAAGAGAUGUAAGAUAGGUAACCUGCUUAUUAGGUGAAGGAACUAGCUGGGUGAAGUGAAAUGUUACUUCAUAUAGAGAUAACCCUACAAUACGGUGAUGUAAAUUACUAGUAGAAUCCUGCUUGUUUUACUACCAGUGAAAGCUUCCCUGUACAUCUGACAGUCUGACUCUGUUUCUUACGCCCGGUUACGAUGUGAAAUGAAAUAAGAUUGGGCGAUGCUUGGCAAUUAA